AUGGGACCAGGGUCUCGAAGGGACACACUGGAUGAUCACUUCGGUGAUUGGAACUGGAAGAAAUUAGUUGGCCUCGGUGCUACUCUUCUUUGCAAGAUGAAAGAGGCUAAUAAAAAACAUACAGCUCACGCGAGUGCUUUUGAAGAACUCAACAAAGCCUUGAAGCCAGAGACUACUGCAGGAUGGAGAGCGUAUGUCGAGUAUUGGGAAGAAAAUCCCAAUGAUGCAUCUGUGCCCAAUCCUUUCGAAACGAAGGUUUCCACAAUCACGCAAGCUGCAGUUCGACUCAAACUGGUUGAAAUGGAAUCGCGUCAACUUUGCGAAGGAAAUGACAUGUCGCUACAUCCAGAUGUAUCAACCAGUGUGUUUAUCGCAACUGGAAUUGACCUCGAGAGUGAACACCUUAGGCAUUGCUUCCAAUCAGAUUUUUCUCUCCAAGGAGCACACCAAACAGAUAGACAGAAGACCGUCCUCAUGCAGCAGUGGAAUGCACUCCAGUGCAAGGUGGAUGCAUGGAAGCGAAUGCAACUGCUCUACACUCCAACAGUGCAGUUGUUAUCAUCCCGAAUGGAACCCAUCGGCAUGCCAGACAAUCCAGAAGACAUCAAGCUCUUUUUACCAUCAUCAUUGACAGCUGACUCUGUAUCCUGCAGCCCUCACCUUUUCACAAUCGAGUGGGAACUACGAAUCGCACAGGCUGGAGACGCACUGGAUGACAUCAGACGAAGUCUUCGACUACGUGACUACAUGUAUACCUUCAAAUGGAACUGGAUUCAUGGACAGAGUGCAAACACCUGUGUGCAAAAUGCACUUGGCCGAGUAGAGGCAAGGGCUGCAGCUGCAGCUAACAAAUAUUGUGCGGCCCAUGCUGCAUUAUCUUCCCUUGCACCUGUUCUAAACAAGAAAGGAGAAAGUGAGGGCAGAAGGCAGCUCUUGUGGAUUUGGAUGGUGGAAGGAGUUGGAGAUGACGAGGAUGAAGUAGUCCAGGAUUGUCUUCGUAUCGAGUGGUGCAAAGCUCAUGCUAGGAUGAUGCGUUGGAAGGAAGAAAUCGAGUUACUGCGGGAAGAAAUGCGUUGA